CUCCACUUGUGACUGAGCAUGUGUGAGCGUUAGCACCGCGUAGCAGCUAGCAUCUAGACAUGGCCGCAGACAAGCAGAACGAAGGGAAAGUUUCCCUCACGGAUGAAAACAAAAAGAAUUCGUCGGACGGAGGACUCGGACUGGAGAUCCUGCAAAUCAUCAAGGAGUCCCAGCAGCAGCAUGGCCUCAGACACGGAGACUACCAGAGAUACAGGGGCUACUGCUCUCGCAGGCUGCGUCGCCUGCGCAAGGCUCUUGGCUUCAAGAUGGGAAAUAGACACAAGUUCAUUGGGAAGAAAAUAACGGUCGAAAUGCUUUCUGACAACAGGUAUCUAUUGCUGGUUUUGAUGGAGGCAGAACGUGCAUGGAGCUACGCCAUGCAGCUGAAGCAGGAGGCCAAUACUGAACCACGUAAACGCUUCCACCUGCUGGCACGUCUACGAAAGGCUGCCAAGCACAGUGAGAAGCUGGAGAAGCUCUGUGAAAGCCCCCGCGUCGAUGCUAAGACCAAACUGGAGGCACAGGCCUACACUGCUUACCUAGGUGGCAUGGUAGAGUUUGAAAUGCAGGAAUGGAAGCUGGCCAUGGAGGCUUUCAACAAGUGCAAAACAAUCUAUGAGAAACUAGCCAGUGCUUUCACAGAGGAGCUGGCAGUUCUGUACCGCCAGCGCGUGGACGAGAUCUCACCCAACAUCCGCUACUGUGCUUACAACAUCGGUGAUCAGAACGCCAUCAAUGACUUGAUGCAGAUGAGACUGACUGGUGGAGGAGGAGGCAUGAUGGCUGAGAAACUGGAGUCCCUUAUCACUCAGGCAAGAACCAAGCAAGCAGCCACCAUGGGUGAAGUGGAGUGGCGAGGCCGUGUGGUGCCCGUCAAGAUCGACAAGGCCCGAAUCUUCCUGUUGGGUCUGGCAGACAACGAGUCAGCCAUCGCUCAGGCAACUAAUGAGGAGACCAAAGAGCAUCUCUAUGAGACCCUGCUGGCCGAGUGCAGAGACACCAUCCAGGCUGUGAGAGAGGAACUCAAGAGUGAGGCGAAGCAGCGCGAGAGAGGCACUGAUGGCGACAGUGGUAAAGUGUCACACCUGCAGAUCCUGCACAGUUACCUGACCUACAUUAAGCUGUGCACUCUGGUGAAGAGGAAUGAGAGCAUGGCCCACACUCUUCAGGCAAAACUGAAGGAGCCCGAGACUGAUGAGAGCAAGAGGGGCCCCCGUCCUCAGGACCUGAUCCGCCUCUAUGACAUCAUCCUGCAGAGUCUGGCUGAGCUUUCCACCCUGCAGGGUCUGGAGGACGACCACACCUUCCAGAAGGAGGUGUCCCUUAAGACAUUGGUCUACAAGGCUUAUAGGUGUUUCUUCAUAGCCCAGUCUUAUGUGCUGGUGAAGAAGUGGAGUGAGGCACUGGUGCUGUAUGAGAGGGUGCUGAAAUACGCCAAGGAGGUCCAGUCUAAAGCCAAGAACCUCAACAACAGCCUCAAAGACCUCCCUGAUGUUCAGGAGCUGAUUGCUGAGGUCAAUGCUGAGAAAUACUCGCUUCAAGCUGCUGCCAUUUUAGACACAGAGGAGACUGCUGAAGUUCCUUCUCAGCUGCAGGUGAAAGACAACAGGCCCCUCUGCGAGCGCCUGGAGACCUUCCGCAUUGACACCGCCCUCGUAGGAAAACAUCCCAAUCUGGUCCAGUUCCCCCCUGACUUCCAGCCAAUCCCCUGCAAGCCUCUGUUCUUUGACCUUGCUCUCAACCAUGUGGCCUUCCCACCGCUGGAUGACAAGGUGGAGCAGAAGGGCAAGGGCGGUCUGACCGGCUACAUCAAGGGCAUCUUUGGGUUUGGCAGCUAAAUCCAACCAUCCAGGCAUCGGCCUCCACAUGAGAACCACAAGGCCCAGGGUUUACCAAAAUCAACCAGAACUGGGUCCGGUGAUGAUUAGAAUAUUUUCUGUAACUUUUAUUGUUUUGAUUUGUGGUGCCUAAGUGCAAGAUAUGUUGAGUUGGCGCCUUUGGGGAAAUCACAGUUGGUCUUAUCUUCGAAGAAACAUGAUAGAAAAGGAAUUGAACAGUUUCAAAUGGCAAUAUGACCCAGGUCCACCUGUUGCCUCUAUUAAUACUAGGCUGCAUGGGCUUCCAUUACUUUAAGCUGUGUAGCCAUGGUCAUGAUGCCAACAGCAAUGCUGUUAAUCUCGAAAUCUUGUCAGAGUAAACUAAGGUACUUUGGCAUCACUGGUAAAAAAAAUAAUUCUGUGUUACAUAAGCGCCUUCAAUUAAUUGUCUUCGUUUUUUUUCUUUCUAUGUGUUUCAGCAUUGUUUCUUAAGUUUGACAAACUGAAACACAACAUUGUUCAGCUGUGUCCCAUCUUUUUCUUUCAUCUUUACCAUUGUCCCUCGCCUAACGCUAUGCUCACUGCUGACAACUGCAGAAGCUAACUUUUCUGCUACUCCCUUGCUAACUUCUGGCCAUCAUCUCAGCUCCAGGGUGUAUGUCACCUCGGUCAUGCAAUGUGAGAGCAAUGGCAGAUUGAUUGGUGACAAACAGGUACGCCAACCAAUCAUUUCCUUCAGUCCAAAUGAAUGAAAUGGUCGUGCCUAUUACAGUCCUGCGAGGUCAACACAGUGUUUUAGAGACAAAUGACCAACCGGACCUUUUACCACAUUACCUAUGACACUACAGGUCAGUACUUCAACAUGAAAACUACAUGAAGCUGCUGAAAAGCACAGGAAGUCAAAUAUCUUGACAUGUCUGUUGUCCUGUUCUUUGUAAUCUGCUGCUGAACCAAAUAAAUGGUUUGCAGUUAUGUUACCCCUUUAAACAGAGGACUGAAAUAUGAAAAGAGGUGUGGGAAGAACUGGGAUGCAGCUCCAGGUUAAGUUUUAGAUGCAUCAACAGGAAGAUGGAGGACGAAGCCAUGAAUCAAAGAGUGAAAUGGUUGUUUUCAAAAAGUAGCUUAGUGAUUCAUUGUUUUAAUUUAUUAAUGUCAGAAGCAGCAUGCUAUGUUUAUGUUGCACUGUGUGACAUGUGGUAUUGAACGUACCAUAAUGUCAGACAAGGGUCCAACAGCUCCAGCUCGCGUCCACGCAGAACUCUCAUUUUUAUCACCCCUCUCAAAUGUCUUAGCCACGUUUCUUUCCCCCUACAAAACAUUGUCGUGAUGAUGACCAUGAUUCAGAUGAUUGUUCGUUAUACUUGUUUUUAUUUGAUUUUUAUUUACAUAGUAUUACAACAGAAAUGGAUGGUCAGGACACGGGGGAGUUUUUAGCAGCUCACUACCACUGCGCCUCUUUGUCCUUCAUCAGUAGGACUAAACCAUUAAAGCACCAGUUACAUGUCUCUACUGUAGUGGCAGAUGAUGUUUUGUCAUUGGCUGUUUCUCAGUCAUGAUGUGGCAUCAGAUCAUCUCUGAACAACAAAGCCCUUCAAUUCCUCUGAUCCUUAGGGGACCUGCUUUUCUGUAACUAGAGGAUCGUUUCACUCACUCACAUGGUGACUGUUUUGCUUCCAAAUUGUUAUCACUGUGUUGUUUCUUUUUCUCUCCAACCCCUCUGUGUUUUUUGUUAAUGAAUUAAGACCUUGAACAGCCUGGAAAACGAUUAGUUGAUCAAUAAUUCAUAUAAUGAGAAUGUAUGAUCUGAAUCUCCAGUUCUAUCAAUAAAUAUAUUUGCACCAAACACAUAA